GAGUGUAGCGAACCGUACAGACUUCAUUGGGAAAUUAUUUUCUUUCUUCUGUGUUUUUCAGACAGUUAUGCAGUAGAGAACAAAGAAUUUCCAGGGUAGGGAGCAAAGCAGCUAAUGUCCCUCGAUCAUCUGAGCAGACUACAGGAGAACGAUGGGUGAAAGAAACUCCACUUUACUGGCAGUAACAUGGACUCAGGGUCACAAUCCUCAGGACCCUCUCAUGGCCAGCUAUGACAUUACGCUGGAUUACGACAUUCCCAUGGACCAGAUUCCGGACACGACUCAGGGAAGAGUCUUUUUCGUCUCCACCAUCAUCAUCGCCAUGGUUCUGGUCUGCAUCAUGCUCGUCUGUGGCAUCGGGAACUGUCUCUUUAUAGUCACGUUAGUGCGUUACAAAAAGCUGCGCAACAUCACCAACCUGCUCAUCGCAAACUUGGCCGUGUCGGACUUCCUGGUGGCGGUCGUGUGCUGCCCGUUCCUGGUGGAUUACUAUGUGGUUAAGCAGCUCUCCUGGGACCAUGGGAUUUUCCUGUGCAGUUCAAUCAACUACCUAAGGACGGUGUCUCUCUAUGUGUCCACCAACGCACUGCUGGCCAUCGCUGUGGACAGAUACAUGGCCAUCGUGCAUCCUCUCAAGCCCAGAAUGAAGUACCAGACCGCCUACUGGCUCAUAUUUGGAGUCUGGAUCUUGCCUAUUCUCAUUUCCGUGCCCUCGGCUUACUUCGCCACAGAGCACGAGUACCCUCAAGGCGCUGUCGCACGUGGCAGCAAGAUCUUCUGUGCCCAGAUCUGGUCAGCAGACCAGCAGCUUCUCUACCGCUCUUACUUUGUCUUCAUUCUGGUGGUGGAGUUUGUAGGACCUGUGGCAGUCAUGGCGUCGUGCUAUGCUCGGAUCUCACGUGAACUCUGGUUCAAGAACGUUCCAGGGUUUCCAACGGAGCAACUAGAGCGGCGUUUGCAUCGAAGGCGACGAACUGUGGUCGCUCUGAUUGCUGUCCUUGUGGCUUACGUGCUUUGCUGGGCGCCGUAUUACGGCUUUGCACUUCUGAGGGAUUUCUACCCGUCAGUGAUCACACGCGAGCGCAAUUCACUGGUCGCGUUUUACAUCAUCGAAAGCAUUGCCAUGAGCAACGGGGUUAUCAACACUCUGUGCUUCGUGAGUGUGAGGAACAACGCUGCUAAGUGUCUCAAGAAGGCCACGUGUCCACAGUGGCACGUUGUGUCGAGGAAAACCACAAUCACUGGUGUGAAGAUGGUGGUCGAGGGCGAUAUGAGGACUUCUUCACUCAAAGUGACGGAGGAGGUGGAAUGUGCACGAAUAAGAUGAAGAGAUUAAACAUCUGGAAGAGGAGAAGAGGAGGACGAUGAGGAGGAGGUGGAGGAGGAUGAAGACAGAGUUCUUGGUGUAACGUUGUCAAAUGAAGUCUUUAAUAUUAUCAAGAGAUAAAUUCACAAAAGGCUACACAGAUUCCUUCAGAUCUCUGGAUAAAUCAGGAAUAAUAAUGAAAUCUGCAUAUUAUAGGAUCUACACUAGAAAAAAAGGCUUCCUCAAAAGGUUGUUUGAAUAGUUGGAAGACCUUGUUGUAGGUUUGACAGAGGAACGGUGGAUGGCAAGAUUGAACAUUCUCUUCUCAGCUACUCCUCAAGACUUCUUAGUAUCUUUAAGGGAUUCUGUUAGUGCAGAACUCCAGUGAAGGACUGGAACUUUACAAAUAGAACUUUAAAUGUCUAUUUUUUUUCCUAAGGGAAAAGCCAAAGUAUCCUUUUAUCUGAUACAUCUACCAACGUAGUUCUCCUCGUCUCUGUCCAGUGGAAAGGGACCACCAAAAAAAAGACUUAUAGAGGACAAUAUUUGGGAUGAAAUUGUGCAUCAAAAGUUAUAUCAAAAGUUAUAUCAAGGGGACACGGUGGCUUAGUGGUUAGCACGUUCGCCUCACACCACCAGGGUUGGGGGUUUGAUUCCCGCCUCCACCUUGUGUGUGUGGAGUUUGCAUGUUCUCCCCGUGCCUCGGGGGUUUCCUCCGGGUACUCCGGUUUCCUCCCCCGAUCCAAAGACAUGCAUGGUAGGUUGAUUGGCAUCUCUGGAAAAUUGUCCCUAGUGUGUGAUUGCGUGAGUGAAUGAGUGUGUGUGUGUGUGCCCUGCGAAGGGUUGGCACUCCGUCCAGGGUGUAUCCUGCCUUGAUGCCCGAUGACACAUGAGAUAUGAGUGAGAGUGAGUGAAAAGUCUUACCAACAGUGAAAGUGUGAAAGCCAUCAUCUGCUUGGAGGAGAUCACAUUCACUCACUGCAACCUCAGACAUACCUCAGAAAUCACGUAUCUCCAAUGUUUAUUUUUUCUACUACACAGGUCAUAUGGUUUUGCUUUACCCCUUGCACGUCCAACUAAACGUCACAGUGCAUUUUUCUAAACCAAGGAUAAUGGAGGAAAAGUCACGAGCACGUUUUACACACUGUUCCACUAAUUCCGUCUCCAAAUCCUUUUUUUUUAAAACUGACUGUGAAUGUUAAUCAUUAGUGAAGCAGGAUUUAUGAUAUUAUAGUAGUCCUAUACUGUAGCUCUUCUUGUACCUCUCUCUCGACAAAUAACGAAAACCGAAGAUCUCGAGUAUCUUUUAUUAUUAUUAUUAUUAUUAUUAUUAUUAUUAUUAUUAUUAUUAUUAUUAUUAAAUGAUUAUUUGGUUGUAUUUUGGUGUAUCUUUGCUUCAGGAAGGUUCAUGUUCAUUUUUCAUAUGUGGAAUAUUUGUAUUUAAAUAUUUAAUGAAUCGCCAAUGACUUCAGAGAACAAUUCAUUCAUGUGUAUAAAAAAAAUGGAUAAUAUUCAUAUGUAUAAAGUAAGUUUCCUGAA